AUGAGUUCUUCACAAAGAAGCUGGUUGAAUCACCCCAAUGUCUUCUGCUCAGAUUUUGUAAGAGUGCCCAUAGUGUGGAGAGAAUCCAAAAAUCACCACGACGAUUGUUAUUUUUGUUCAGUUAAUGUAAAAGGUUUUAUCAGACACAAGAAGGGCAAAUGGGAAUAUCCUGAUUUAAAAUUAGCACGAAGACCUAUACCACAUAACGAAGAGAUUCCCGUACUAGUAUGUAUCACAUUGUCAGAUGUUUCGAUAUCAGAAGUAGAAAAAAUUGAUGACCAGUACAGUAACAGCAGUAAACAUGAAAAUGCAAUCAACACCCUAGCAGUUCUCCUAAGAACUGAAUGA